AUGGCGCAAUUCAAGUCCACGCAACACAAGUCCAGGCAGCACUUGUGUGUGCAGCACGCAGUGUACAAGUCCACGCAGUACAAGUCCACGCAGCACAAGUCCACGCAACACAAGUCCACGCAACACAAGUCCACGCAACACAAGUCCACGCAGCACAAGUCCACGCAGUACAAGUCCACGCAGCACAAGUCCACGCAACACAAGUCCACGCAGCACAAGUCCACGCAGCACAAGUCCACGCAGCACAAGUCCACGCAGCACAAGUCCACGCAGCACAAGUCCACGCUUGCCUUAUACGGGAGCGCACGCACGCGACUGAACGUCACACAGCGUAGAGCAGCUGUAAUAAACAGCUAUCACGCAGCUGUUAACAAGCUCAACCAAAUAGCUGAAGAACAGCUGCACUCCGCACCUGCCGAGCGGUUAUAG